UUGAUGUUUAAUUAUGAGACAGAGAAGCACAGCAUGAAUGAAUGAAGGAAUAAUAAAGAGAGAAAAAGUGGAAAUUUAAGGAAAUUCCAGCUGGUUGCUUCAGAUGUUCUGUCUGUUUUUUAUCUUCUCCUUCAUUUCCCACCUCCCAUGAUUUCUCCUACUCAGUAAAAUCCGAAGGACAAACCAAAAAACAGCAACAAAACUUUCAUUUCUUGUCAUUUUUGCUUACUCUUUCCGAUUGGCAUUUGCUUCUGUUGAUGGUCACACCCUCUUCUUCUUUCUGGUUUGGUGUAUGUUUCUUAUAGGAAAUGGUGUUCCUUGAGUAACGUCCGUCAUUCAAAUUCAGGCCUGGAUGAUUUGAGAUUAAGGAGCAACUACCGGAGUUUCAUCUGUUUCGAAAGAUGGGGGUGAAUUGACUUUGAGCUUCUCAGAGGCUCCAUCCUAGUUGUAAUCUUAUGAAGUGGAGCUUCUCUGAGGUACAUGUUGAAGUAAGAUGAUUGAGCAAUUCAUCAAUUUCAUUAUUCGGCCCCCAAGGGCUGAAUAUGAUCCAGAUCGAUACCUAUGGGAAAAGGAAUUCACCCUUGCAGGAAGAACAUACCAGCGGCAGGAUUUGGAGCUCAAGAAUUCCAGAGGUUAUACCUUGCAGUGUAGCCAUUAUCUACCUUCACCUUUGCCUGAAGAUAUUUCUCUUCCUUGUGUUGUAUAUUGCCAUGGAAAUAGUGGAUGUAGGGCUGAUGCCAAUGAAGCUGCUGUUAUUCUUCUUCCAUCAAAUAUUACUGUUUUUACUCUUGACUUCUCGGGGUCAGGCUUAUCUGAUGGAGACCAUGUUAGCCUUGGUUGGCAUGAAAAAGACGAUCUCAAGAUAGUGGUGUCAUAUUUAAGAAGCAACAAGCAAGUAUCUCGUAUCGGUCUUUGGGGACGAUCAAUGGGUGCUGUUACUAGCCUUCUUUAUGGAGCUGAAGACCCUUCUAUUGCUGGGAUGGUGUUGGAUAGUGCCUUUUCAAACCUGUAUGGUCUGAUGCUGGAGCUCGCUGAUGUCUAUAAAAUUCGACUUCCAAAGUUCACUGUUAAAAUGGCUGUACAAUACAUGCGGCGGGUUAUUGAGAAGAAAGCAAAGUUUGAUAUCAUGGACCUGAACUGUUUGCUGGUUGCACCGAAGACAUUCAUUCCUGUUUUAUUUGGACAUGGCAAUGAUGACCAAUUCAUUCAGCCUCACCAUUCUGAUCUCAUCUCUGAAUUAUAUGCGGGAGACAAAAAUAUCAUAAAAUUUGAUGGUGAUCACAACUCCUCUAGACCACAGUUCUUUUUUGACUCAAUUUCCCUCUUCUUCUACAAUGUCCUCCGCCCUCCUCACAUUCCCAAAUCUCGCAAGCUUUACGGAUAUCUUGAUGUAGGGGAUUUGAAGAUCGGUUCUGCUGUGAAUGAGAGCUUAUUAUUGGGGAUAAUCUCUAGUUUACAGUCUGCAACUAUUGAUGCUGCAAGUUCAUCUUCCGCUCCUAGAGAGCAUACUCCAAAAGUUGCUCCUAGAGCUGCUCCUGACUCCAUGAUCAGAGAGCAACUAAUGCAUGGAAAUUAUGAACCUGGCCAUGAUGAACCUGCAGAUAUGAAGGAUGAGCCAAAUGACUUGACUGAAGAUUAUUAUUCAUACACCAGCUCAACUCGAGAAAGCUUGGGCAGAUGUUCUUCUUUAGUAUUCAGCGAUGAAGAAUCUUGUCCAGAUUACAGGGAUGAUGAUAAUGGUUCCGAGGUAUUUGCAACACCCCUUGGAAGCCUGAGAGAAAUAUCUGCAGACCCUAAAGAAGAGGAAAAGGGCCAGAAAAAGAAGAAGAAAGCUGAAAGAUCCACAAAGAAGCACAAGUCUGACAGAUUUGAGAAGUGGGAGUCCCUCAGUCGAAAGCUGAGACUUUGCAUUCUGAAGGGAUCUGCCAAUCGGAGACCAAAGCCCUCAUGACAUGUCUUGACUACUAUGUGUUACAUAUUUAGCUAACUACAUGUUUUCAUAAGAUCAAUGUAAGACACUGCUAUAUUUAGGCACUUCAUGAAACUCAACUUGUUUGUAGGUUAACUAGUUGAUUGACUCAAUUCUCAUUUGGGAAAUGAUUCAGCAUUUAUUUUUGUGCGAAA